GUGUGAAUAUAUUACGAGGCAAAUCAAAUCGUAUUAUUAGAGUUGAGACCAAUUUUUAAGUAUUGGGCUUUUGCUUGCGAAAGUGUAUUAGCCUCACGCUUAUUACUGUUGUUACCGUGGCCAUCUUGUUCUAAAAGAUAAUGGGGUUCUUCGGAGCGACGAUGCCGCCGACGACGCUCGCCGCGCGAUCCUCGUUCCCCGCUCUACUCCUCCUCCGCCGCGCCCGCUCCUCCGCAAAUCGCUCCCGCGGCGCCCUCCCUCGUUUCCACUCCCCUUCUCUCCCCUCUUCCAAGGGAAUGGUUGUGCGGAUCCAAGGCGACGAGUUCUGGCACAUGACGAGGGUCUUGCGCCUCGGCGUCGAUGAUCGGGUGGAGCUCUUCAAUGGAACGGGUGGUUUAGUUGAAGGGUCCAUACAAAGAAUUGACAAGACUGGGUCAGAAAUUGUUGCGCUAGAGGACACAAAAACCAUCACUCCUCAGGGUGUUCAGUGGCAUGUAUUUGCAGCUUUCGGCACAUUGAAAGGUGGCCGGGCAGAUUGGCUCAUUGAAAAAUGUACUGAACUUGGAGCUAGUAGUGUAACGCCUCUUCUCACCGAACGGUCCCAUACAAUCGGAGGAAACAGAGUUGACAGGUUGCAGCGCGUCAUAUUUGCUGCAGUUAAGCAAUGCCAGCGGCUACAUGAAAUGACUUUAAAUCCUCCAAUGAACAUCAGCAGUUUUCUGCCUAUUGUGGCACAGUCAAAGCUCUCUUUCCUUGCUGCAGCAGAGGCCACUCCUCUAUUUCAUGUCUUGCCAAAUUUGGGUGUAGAAGACAACGGAGUUUUAAUUGUUGGACCAGAAGGAGACUUCACAGAGGAGGAGGUAAAGGCGAUGAAAGAAGCAGGUGCUAUUCCCGUCGGUCUCGGUCCGCGCCGACUUCGAGUUGAAACAGCCACAAUCUCACUUCUCUCAGCCCUAAUGCUAUGGUCCGAUGCUCAAAAUGCGGAAACGCAGUAGUGCUGGUACUCGAAUGCAUUUUUUGUGCUCAUAACUGUGCUCAAUAGACGACCUUACAAAGCGCUGCGAUGAAGAUCAUCUCCAUCUUUUCAAUGCAGCGAGAUCAAUUUGCUUUGCAGCGGAAAACUCAAAUCCAAUUAGCAAGUUGAUUGAACAGAAAAGUGUAACAAAAAAAGAAGUCGGUGGUGCUUCUCCUACAGCAAAACUCGAGCAGCACAUUUGCAGAAGCUCUAGAAGCUCCGAUCGGGCCGAAACAAGUCAAAAGCCAAAGAGGUAGGGUUGCGAGAGGGGGUGCAAAUGAGAAUUUUCCACAAGCUCCCCUGACUUUUCUUAUGUAUUUUGCUUAUUUCGAAAGAAUGCAAACUAAUAUCAAAGUUUUCUUUGUUAUCCUUACUAUCAUUGGGACGUGUACAUCUAUCACAAGUUUGUGGUAACUAGAAAAGUGCUUCCCCAUUAAGUCAAUUAUGGAUUAACAUGAAAUUAUUAUCCAUAAUGUUGAUUCACACCCACGCUCAGCGUGAGCUGAUGAUUUUUGGUCUA